AUGGGUAACAUCUGCUCUCGCUCCGCCAACAAGGACGAUAACUUCUCGGGACCCGGCCAAACCCUCGGCUCGAGCUCAGAUGCCCCACGACCAGUCCCAGUAACGAAAAAGCAAACUAUAGCAGGUACAUCUGGCCGACCACUAGGCUCAGCAGGCGGUGAUGGGACGUCAAGUCCUGCGCCGCCAGAUGGUGCGAGGAGUGCUGCUGCCAGAGCAGCUGAGGAACGUGCCACAGCAGCUAAUAAGCCAGGAGGCAAGCUCUCUGGACAAUUAGCUGCACAGAAGAAGCAGACUCAGACUCAGACGCUGAAUACUGGAUCGGAACAGGAGAGAUUAGCUAGGGCAGCUGAUGCGAAUACUCAAGCGAGGAAUUGGAACUGA